GACUUCGCACGCAUGUCAAGGGCAAUUGGCAAUGAAAAUGUUUCACCGCGGUAAAAAGUAGCCUUAGAUUCUCUUUGUCCACGCAGGCAAAACUGUGAGCAACAACUAGUUAUAUAUAUCGAGGUGUUAAUUUUGUUAUUAUAUUUCAGAGCGGCCUACGAUUCAAUAAGAGCGAGGGAAAUUUAGAAGGAAGUCAAACAUGCAUUACUUGCAGUAACACAUUAGAGUUACUACCGGAUACGGUCCAUCAAGAAAUUCAAGGGUUUGGGGGAGCAGUGACCGACUCUGCCGGCAUCAACUGGAUGAGUCUAGAGUCAACUAUACGUGACUAUUUGAUAAAGUCAUAUUAUAGUAACCAGGGGCUGGAAUACAACUUUGUGAGACUUCCAAUUGGUGGAUGUGAUUUCUCCACGCAUGCGUACGCGUACAAUGAGCUGCCUGAAGACGAUAUUAGUCUAUCCAAUUACACUUUGUCACCAGAGGACUAUAACUAUAAGAUUCCCAUGCUGAAAGCCAUAAACGGGACAAGUAGUGUUCCCGUGAACAUCCUUGCAACAACCUGGUCCCCUCCACCCUGGAUGAAAACCAACAACGCGUAUACGGGAAUCAGUAGAUUGAAAACCGAAUACUACCAGACUUAUGCUGAUUAUCAUAUAAAAUUCUUUGAAGAAUACGCAGCGGAGAACAUCACAAUAUGGGGUAUAACAACGACUAAUGAGCCGGUCAACGGAGUUUUAGGGGUCAUACCGUUCAACUGCCUAGGAUGGACGGCGUAUGAAUUGGGUAGCUGGAUCGUCAAGUACUUAGGACCAACGGUGCGCAACUCUACUUUCAAGGAUAUAAAAAUCCUGACCGGCGAUGACCAGCGUUACUCAGUUCCUUACUACUUUAAUGUGUUAGUAGCCGAAUAUCCAGAAGCUCUGGACUACAUAGAUGGCGUUGGAGUGCAUUACUACGCGAAUGCCAUAGUGCCAGCGGAAAUUCUGGAUCUUUCUAUAGACCAGUAUCCAGAGAAGUUCUUAAUGGCCACGGAAGCUUGUGCAGGAUUUUUACCGACGGACACAAAGGUUCUUCUUGGGUCAUGGGAUAGAGCGAACUCUUACAUAUCAACCAUACUGCAGGAUAUGAACCACGAAGUGAGCGGGUGGAUCGAUUGGAAUUUAUGCUUAGAUACAACAGGAGGCCCGAAUUGGGCAUCUAAUUUUGUUGACUCCGCCGUCAUUGUGAAUGCAACUGCCCAAGAAUUUUAUAAGCAGCCAAUGUAUUACGCUCUCGGACAUAUCUCCAAGUUUGUUCCCAAAGGUUCUGUGAGAAUCGAAGUAAACGAAACAACGAAGCUCUUACAAACUUCCGUACCUAAUGCAGCAUUUUUGACGCCCAGAAACACAACAGUAUUAAUCCUCGUUAAUACUGAAGGAGAGAAGAAGAUAAAAGUGAAGCGUUCGGACGACUAUAUGAUAUUGGACCUAAUGGAAAAUUCUAUAGUUACCAUUGAAUUUAAAUAAUAAUUUUGAAAAAUGUUGUAACGAAUUUUCUAACGAACCCCAAUUAGUUGCUUUUAUGAUAUAUUUAUGUAUUAAGUACCAAGUAAC